AUGUUUGCGCAACAGUGGAGCACCCGCAAGCGUGGAAGGGAGGAUGAGGAGAAUGGCGUCGCAGGCUUCAGCGAGCACCGCAGCAAACGUCGAAUCGCUUCUCUUCCGCAUCGAACGUCUCCCAACCUUACUCGUCAUGUAUCUCCGCCCAUCGUAUUCUGUACAAACUACACCACUGACCCCACGCCUCCGACGAUAACCCCAUCCGACUCUGACUCCGAAGAUAAGACUGCCAUCGAGGAACCACGAUCGGUAUUCUCGCCUUAUUCCUCUUCUCCAGCAUAUCCGCACACCCAGAGUUUUCCGUCCACCCCCCGCAGCCCUCAGAAGAGCCAGCUAUCAGAUGCGGCCAUGUACUCUGACGAUUUUGAGAUGACGGAUACUGCGCACCUUUCGCCGGGACCCCUUCACAAAGAUUCGCCGACUGGUGUAACCGCGCGCAUUCCGACGCCAAUCCACAGCUCAUUCUCUCCUUUCAUCCGAUCCGAAAAAGCUUCGAUUCAUCAUGAUGUUGAUUUCGCCGAUGACGAGGGGAUUGUUGAGCGAUUCAGGAGAGGUCGACGACUACCAAGCCCGAUUAGUGAGACCGAGAUAAGCCCAGCCGUGAUUGUUGACGGCAUGGGAGAUAUGCAAAUGGAGGUUGAUACUUCCUCCCAACUGGAGAAGGAGACACCAACGAAGAAAGGUCAUACGCGCUCAAAGCAUAGCUUAAGGCAGUGGACGGGCUUCGGUGGGGAGAUGGGCGGCAAUAGCGGGAUGAAGAAGAGCUUCAGCAUGGGAUACAGAGCUGAUUGCGAGAAAUGCAGACUGAAGGUUCCAGGCCACUUCAGUCAUAUCAUCACAUAUUAA